AAAUUUCUUUUAUUUUCAGGUGCAGUAGUAAAAUUAUCUAAAACAUGUUUCUCACAAGAACAGAAUAUGAUCGUGGUGUUAACCUUUUUUCACCUGAAGGCAGAUUGUUCCAAGUUGAGUAUGCGAUUGAAGCAAUUAAACUUGGAUCGACAGCUAUUGGCAUUCAAACUGCAGAAGGAGUAGUCUUAGCUGUGGAAAGAAGAAUCACUUCGCCGCUUAUCAUUCCGAAAAGUAUUGAAAAAAUAUAUGAAGUUGAUACACAUAUAGGCUGUGCAAUGAGUGGUUUGAUAGCUGAUUCAAGAACAAUGAUUGAUAAAGCUAGAAUAGAAGGACAAAAUCACUGGUUUACAUACAAUGAACCAAUAUCUGUUGAAAGUUUAACACAAUCUUUAUCAAAUUUAGCACUCGCCUUUGGAAACAAAGAUUCAGAUAAAGGAGCAAUGAGUCGCCCUUUUGGUGUUGCAUUGUUGAUUGGUGGAGUUGAUGACAAGGGAGCAAGACUUUUUCAUUUGGAUCCUUCAGGAACAUUUUUGCAAUAUGAUGCAAAAGCUAUUGGUUCUGCAUCAGAAGGUGCUCAACAGACACUUCAAGAAGUUUAUCACAAGUCAAUGACACUGGCUGAAGCAUGUACACAGGCCCUAACUAUAUUAAAGCAAGUAAUGGAAGAAAAGCUCAACUCAACAAAUAUAGAAAUGGCAACUAUUACAAUAAAAGACAAGUUUCACAUGUUAUCAAAAGUAGAAAUUGAAGAUGUUAUUAAAACUAUAAAAUAAAUUAAAAAAACACAAGCGUUUUAGAUUGUUGUGAUAUUGUAUUAAUAGUGAAAUUGUUGCAGUGAAAUAAACUUGUUGCUUAA